UAAAUAAAUAAAAGGUUUGUGGGAAUUGUGGGAACGGCCAGACUAUUUAAAUAAAUAAAUAAAUUCCCAAAAAGAAGGUAAAAGUAUUAAUUAAAAAAAGGGAAGAAUGAGCAGAUUCUUGAAAGAAAGAAUAUAAAUAGUACUACUAUCAAGUUGAAGUUAUUAUGAUGAUAACAACACAAACCCCAUUAUUUUUAUUAUUUUUACAGUUAACAUCACAUCACAUUUCCCAGAAACAAAGAAAUUAAAUUAAGAAACAACAAACUAAAAUAAAAGAGAGAAAAAUGGGAGGAUUGUGGUCAACUAUGGUGCUCAUCAUAUUACUACUGUUACUACUACUACCAUUGUUAAGAAGACGAUGGUUUAAAUUCCAUGGUGAUAAUCGUAUGAAGAAGAAGACGAUGAUGACGUCAUGUAGGGUUCCAGAAGGAAGUUGGGGUUGGCCUUUUAUUGGGGAAACUCUUGAUUUCAUCGCCUCUUCUAGAACUUCUACGCCUGUUACUUUCAUGCAUCAACGCAAAUCCAUGUAUGGGAAGGUAUUCAGAACACAUCUAUUAGGAAAACCAGUAAUAGUGUCAACAGAUCCAGAAAUAAACAAAGUGGUGUUACAAAACCAUGGGAACAUCUUCAUCCCAUCUUACCCAAAAUCAAUAACUGAACUAUUUGGUGAAUCCUCCAUUCUGAGAAUGAAUGGAGCUCUCCAUAAGAGAGUUCACGCGUCGAUCGGAAGAUUUUUGAAAUCCCCAGAGUUGAAAGCCCAGAUUACAACAGAUAUUGAGACUUCUGUUAAGCUAUCUUUGGAUAAUUGGAAAAAUUGUGACCUUGUUUACAUCCAAGAUCAAACUAAUCAGCUUACAUUUGAGAUAUUGGUGAAAGUACUAAUGAGCCUGGGUCCUGGUGAUGAAAUGGAGUUGUUCAAGAAAGACUAUAAAGAGUUUAUCAAAGGCUUGAUCUGUUUACCUAUCAAGCUUCCUGGCACACAACUUUACAAUUCUUUAAAGGCCAAAGAGAGGUUGCAAAAGAUGAUAAGAAGGAUAAUAGAGGAAAGGCUAAUAACAUACAAAACAAAUGACACUACAAGCAACUUAGCAGCAUCAAGCACCACCACCGCCGCCGCCAUCACCACCACCGCCAGCAGUGAUGCAAUCGACGUGUUGUUAUGCAACGUUGACGACAGAAGCGACGACGAUAAAUGUCAACCGUUGGAUUUCGUCGCCGGAAAUAUAAUCGAGAUGAUGGUCCCCGGAGAGGACUCUGUGCCAAUGGUGAUGACCCUAGCCGUCAAGUACCUAAGUGAUAAUCCCCUUGCUUUAAAACAACUUGUGGAAAACAUGGAUUUGAAGAGGCAAAAGGCUAAUUCCGGGAACUCCUAUGCUUGGACCGACUACAUGUCUUUGACGUUCACCCAAAAUGUAAUAACUGAAACUCUAAGACUGGCGAAUAUCAUAAAUGCAAUUUGGAGACAAGCCACUCAAGACGUAGAAAUUAACGGUUAUUUGAUACCAAAAGGAUGGGGUGUACUUGCAUCCUUAACCUCAAUUCAUAUGGACGAACAAAAUUAUGAGAACCCCAAUAAUUUUGAUCCAUGGAGAUGGGAGAAGAAAGGAAUAGUUGCAAGUAGCAAUACAUUCUCUCCAUUUGGUGGUGGACAAAGACUUUGUCCUGGUCUUGAAUUUUCACGCCUCGAAAUCUCUAUUUUUCUUCAUCAUCUUGUCACUACUUAUAGAUGGGUAGCGGAGAAAGACGAAAUAGUAUACUUCCCAACAGUGAAGAUGAAGCAAAAACUUCCCAUAAGAGUCAUACAAGAUGGCUCAUUGAUUUGGUAAAAAAUACUUGUAUAUGAAGUAGUGAUUGAUUGAUUGAGGGCCCACCAAAGCCAGGCCCGUAACUAGGCCCGCCAAAGCUAGGCCCGUACCUAGCCCGCUUAAUCGGGUCAAGUCAACCAACUUCUUCUCCAGAAAGAUAUUCAGAAUUUUGGGCCCUAUGCCCUAUCCUAUCACAAAUUACAUCACAAUUUUGCUGUAUUCUGUUACUCCUCCGUCUCGUUUUACUUGUUUUAUAUUGAUAAAAAAAUUGUCGUAAAAUUGGUCAAAUAAAGCAAGUAAAUGGAGACAGGGAAUAUCAUUUUUUUUGUGAAUGUGGGCAUGUUGUCAAAUGGCGUAAAUUUUUGAUUGUACCCAUAUACAAUCAGAGUUAGUUGUACCCCAUUCAAAACGACUUCUCGUUAUUUUUGUUGAAAAUUAAAUUAAAUUGAAUAUUUACUAUUUUGGAGAUAAAA